GACAUUGUUUUAAGUCAAAAUAUUUCAACUUAUCGAAUGGCAAUAAACCUUCUGUGGGGCCAAGUGAGUUAACAAAAAUGGAUCCCAAUCGGUUCAGCUGUUUUGAUAACAGCUAACUUUGUAUAUAAAGAAGAUAAAACGUAUACCUUAUUUUGAUUAUUUUUCAUUACUUCAUGAAAUAAUUUACAGGCGUUUACAACAUCUUCUAUCCUGUGCAACUUUUCUUCAUCUACAUAUAGUGUUUUUUCAACAUGUAUUCGCUGUUUGCUUCGUGCCUUCUGCUCCUGGCUGCAGGGAUGUCAGCAAGGGUCAACGGGGAGUGCUGUGACGUGAAAAAUGUUACAGAUUCUGUGGAUCCCUCCUUGAAUGGUGUAUACUAUCUGAAUACUGUGUUUAAAGAGAAACAACUGGAGAAAUGUAUUGAUGAAUGUCUCUACAUUAAGGAUGAUACGUUCUAUUGUUUUGAAACUGUUCCGCCAAGAGAAGCAAGCCGUGUUGAUUGUGGGAAAUUAAGCGAUGAAGAAAUAGAAGCGUUACGUACUGAGUUAGCUGCACUAAAGAGUGCCCUGAAGAUACUGCAUGACGUAAUGAAGAUGCUUGAGACUCUUGAAAAAGGAAUAACUGGAGAUUCAUCAAAAAGAAAGAAACGUCUCUCACCUGCUCCAUUAUCAACCUGCGAAGAGCUAAGCGCUGCUUUAGUGUUUAUCAGCAACUAUGAUGCCUCAGCCAUAUCAGAGGCCUCAGAGAUCUAUCAUCAAUUUGAGUCUUCACCAGCCUUGUUGCGGGCACAGAGCUUGCAAAUGUAUUUCAGUGAUUUCAUCGACGACAGCACUGGUUACACUCCUUGUGACGGGUUUAAAGCGCAGCUGACGAAAACUCUUGUUGCUGUAGAAAAGAACGUGGAAAAACUUAUGCUUAUGAUUCCACCAGAGCAACCGCAUCCUCAAUCACACUGGGGAUAUCUACCAGAAAAUGGACCUGAUGUAUGGUACAAGACCUUCCCUCUGUGUGCUGGAAAGUCGCAAUCUCCUAUAGAUAUUGAUGUUUCUGCAGCAAAACCAAGUGAAGCAGCUAGUCCUCUCGAAUUCAUGGGUUAUGGAGAUUCCUAUGCUGCAACUGUUAGUCAGAAUGGGCAUACCUUUUCAGUUCAUUUGACAGGAGAAAAAAUGCCAGCAAUUCAAGGAGGAUCCCUUCCGGCUGGAGAAAAGUUUGAAUUUGCACAACUUCAUCUCCACUGGGGAAGCGAUAGUUCUAGAGGAUCGGAGCACAGACUCACAGGUACUGAGUAUCCUGCUGAAAUACAUUUUGUACACUGGAAUACAAAGUAUGAAGAUAUUCAAAUUGCAGCACAAGCUUCUGAUGGAUUAGCUGUUGUUGGAUUUUUCUAUCAGGUGUCAGAUUCCAACAACACUGGCUACACUCCAGUACUAGACGGUUUGAAAGAGUUGGAUGGAUAUGACAACAAUUAUAAAGUUGAGAUUGGAUCCAUUAAACUACAGGAUAUUAUACCAACAGAUCCAGUAAACCAUCUUCAUUACAAGGGUUCCCUGACAACCCCUACGUGCUUAGAAAGUGUAUUCUGGAAUGUGUUCCAAGAUAAAAUUAGUAUUUCAGAGGAUCAGCUCAAUAUUAUAAGAAGCCUGACAGACCAAGAUGGACAAUCAAUGAAUAAUAACUACAGGCCACCCCAGCCUCAAAAUGGACGUGAGGUCUACCAAUACAGUUCGGCCUAACCAAACCUUACAGCUGGAAGCUGGAGUCCAAGAUUCUAUCUCAAUAAUUGGAUAACAACGAAAUUAUGAAUUAUAAUUAUAUUUCUACUUUAAUCAUAUACAUAAUUAGGAAAAUAAAAAAUUGUUUUAAA